AUGGGGGGAAAAAGUGAAGGAGAAGACUCGACUCCCAACGGGUUCUUGCCGGCUCUGCGCCGCAUGUUGCCGCGCAGCGAUCUUCCAGGUGCUCAACAGCCCACGCCCCUCAACUUGAACAGAUAUGCUUUGUUAUUUGUCUACGCGCUCCAGACGUUCAUGACAGGAUGCGUGUACUUCGGCUGGGCUCCGCUGUCGGCAAUGCUGUUAAAGGCUCAAGUUUUUAGUUUUAAAUGCGAAGCCAACGGAAAGGGAGGCUUUGUGGACGACCAACGACAGUUAGGACACAACUAUAUCUGCGAUGCACAGGAUGCUUCUGUGCAGAGCUUGUUUGUAUUCACGCUGGCGGUGCAUUGCACGAUGAGUGCACUGGCUGGCACAAUGAUGGAUACCUUGGGACCCAAAAUUACGUCUAUGAUUGGCCAGUGCUUCCACAUUGUGGCGUGGUCGUUGAUCUCAAGUCUGACGGCGGAGUCGCACGCAACAGUGUACCUCGGCUUCAUCUGCAUUGGUCUAGGCGCUGACACCGCUUUCCUCCCCACUCUGCUGGUCACCCGCCUCUUCCCGGGCGCUGCUGCGACUGUAAUAACUUUGAUUGGGUCGGCUUCGUCCGCCUCUUUCGCCAUCCCCCUCAUUUUGCAUUCUUAUCUCACGGAUGGUGGCAUUUCAGGCUGUUGGUGGUACGUCGGCUUCGGUCCGUGCCUGUUCCUUGUCAUCGUAUUCUUUGUGAUGCCGUUAAAGGCGUACAAGGCAUACGAUGAGGCUAAUUUCGACCAACAAGUAGUACCAAGUGAUCAGAAGCCAGCAUCUGAACGUCCGCCUAUGACGACUGGGCAGACUCGAGAGCUAAGCUUGGACAGUCAGCUCGAAGGCUCGUGUUCAACUGGGUGUCAGAAGCCACACCCUAAGCAGAAAGAUUGCACCCUAUUGAAGACCGUUUGCUCUGAGAAGUAUUUGCUUAUCGUUCUCUAUUUCAUUGCAGUGGGAUGGAUUACUUCUUUUUACCAAGAGGCCCAUGAUCGCAUUCUGGUUCAGAAAGCGCAAGAUUUCCUAGGCAGUGCUCUGCCCUUCUCCUUUAUUCCCUGCAUCAUCUUGGGCAAGCUGUCAGAGUCUAUUGGUAUAAUAUCGGUUUUUGUGUACAUCGAGGAAAACUUCCCUGCUGUGUUCUUCGGCCGCUUGAUUGGCAUCGUGCAGCUUGUCGGCGGGCUGUUGUCGCUUCUUUGUAGCCCUUUGUUCCACCUCACUGUAGGCCUGGGUCCUAAGGGAAUGUAUGUAGUUCAGCUGCCAAUGAUUGGUUUGCUUAUUCUAGUGUAUUUUCUCUUGGUUCGUAUGUGGUGGAUUAAAAGAAGCUUACCAGAUUUGCAAAAGCGGGAUUGCGGUGUUCCUGAACAGCUGGAGCCGUGA